GAUCAGAAACCAACUCCACAAAACCCGAGAACCGGCUUGCACCACGGAAUAUAAUAAAAGAAAACAAAAACAAAAAAAGUCCGGGGAUCUAACCAAAAAAGAACAACACAAAAAUCCGAGCAAAGACGGAGACUAAAAAAAGGAAACUUGUGCUCGCAGGCGCCCGGCUGCUCAACGAGCUGCUCGCAUUGAUGUCAGACAGUACGAAACGCUUCAGAAGACCAACGAAACGCUGAGGCAACGAUUAGACGAGCUACUCAACACUGCACACGAGCUGCAAGAUGCGGAAAUUCGUUUGCAGGAGAGGGACUCGGAAGUUGAACAACUCCGGCAAGAAUUAGAUAAUAAGCAGCAUCUGUGUGCUGAUUUGGAGUAUCGAUUGACUCUAAUACUAGAAGAGCAUCAGAAGAUAGAAACACAGAAUAGGACGUUUCAGAGAUUGUUGAGAUACCUUGAAGUGCCAAUUGAAGAAUGUUCCGAUCAUUUGAACAGCUCUGAAGCCUUUGAGUAUCCAUUCACCCUGGCUAAGUCUGAAGUUGAAAGCCAACAAGGCAAAUCAAACAAUCUGGAGACUCUUGCAAAGCAUAUGAGAGAUGCCGCUGAAAGGCGGAAAGAGCUGGAGAGACAGCAUGCAGAUGCAGUUGCAGAACUACAGAAGAGGCAAGAUGAACUCCGGCACCACCACCACCAUCACCACAGUAAUAAAUCGGAGAAGCAGCAUGCUCAAGAAACUAUACAAUCACUUGAGUCAAAAGUCAGGGAACUGCAAAAGAAGUGUGAAUUGCAGAAUGUGUUGCAUGAGGAACUUGCACUUGAAAUGGCUGCUUUACGCCGCAUGCAAGCCAAGCAGUCCUGGAGGUCCCAAAGAUCUCAUUCUGCAGAUGUACCCAGUGAGACCUCCAAAUUUAGCCAAGAUAUGGACCUAUACUUAGUGGGGAGUGACACAAUUUUCAGUUCGAAUAGGAACCAAUCACUUUCCUCUUCUCUUCCAGUAUUAGAUAGGACACCAUCUCGCAGCCUAAAUGUCUCAUUCGAACCUUUCAACUCGAUAGCAAUUACUAGUCCUGGAACCAACAUGAUCUCUCCUGGUACAACAAUAUCCUCAUCUUCACCAGUUUCAUCAAAUGUUCUCAACUCAGCCUCAUAUGAAAUCGAUAAAAUAAUUGCUCGAAUCGAGCAAGAUAAUCGAAUCUUAGCUGAACUCGAAAGAUCACGAGCGACAGUAGGCUCUCCUGUAUCUUCUGCAAAUAUAGAGAAAUUGAAGGCACAGUUUGAAGAAGACCAUAAGCAGUCUAACAAUUUAAGUCACAGAUCUAACAUGAAAUCAUCUGUCACAAUGAAAGAGUUAGAUGUUCUUAUGGCCAAAUUAGAGCAGGAUAAUAGGAUACUUGCAGAACUUGAUAGGAAAAGAGCUAAUAUAAGCAACAGACGCCCCUUUUCAACGACCCCGCCCGGAAGCCGAAGUAGUACUCCUCUGACGGGUACUUCUUCGUUGUCCGGCAUGCAUGGGGGAAGUAUGUCACAGUCUGGAAAUUACAGCUCAACAUUACCAUUAUUACCCAGUAGCGCCCCCUAUGCCUCCACUCACGCCACCACGACCACAAAGUCCGAAGACAUGUACGGAGAAACGGAUUACAUCGAUCUUCCACACAGAGGCCAGUGCAAAGUGUACAUUGCUCGGUACAGCUAUGACCCCCUGAAGCAAUCACCGAACGAAAAUCCCGAAGCGGAGCUGAAAUUGACAGCCGGUGACUUUGUGCUGAUAUUUGGGGAUAUGGACGAGGAUGGCUUUUUUUCUGGUGAGUUACUCGAUGGGAGAAAAGGUUUAGUGCCAUCUAAUUUUGUAGAGAAACUAACUGGGGAGGAAUUAUAUGAAUUUCAAUCGCAAGUGUUAUAUGGCACAAGAGACUCUGAUGAUGGUAGCACCUGUUUCAUUUAUAAUGAUGGUGAUUUAUCUGGAGAUGAUCCUCAGUUGUUUUGCCAAAGAGAAUGUAAAAUUACAACUGAGGAUUUCCAUCGAAUGAAUGAUUACAUCGAUUUGGAAGACAUUGAUGACCUUGAAGAAGAUUAUUUGUCCGAUUUAGAAAGAGACGAAGGACCCGUCCCUGCACCUACUCGACUAGUCCUUGAACGACAACUGAAUAAAAGCAUUUUGAUUGGUUGGUGUCAACCGGAUGCUUCUCAAGGCAUUGUGGAAGCUUACCAUGUGUAUGUUGAUGGAGUACCCAAAGCCACCAUUCGUGCCAUCGAGAAAACUCGUGCUCUGGUGGAAGGAGUUGAUUGUAACCAACCUCACCGAAUUAGUGUGCGUUCGGUUAAUCCAUCCGGUCGUCAUUCUAGAGAUGCAGCUUGUACCAUUGUUAUUGGCAAAGAUAUUCCCCUAGCACCUAGUUGUGUUAAAGCAACCAAUGUUACAUCAACUUCGGCAGUGAUCAGCUGGUUGCCUAGCAACAGCAACUUCCAGCAUGUUGUGGCGAUCAAUUGCGUUGAAGUAAAAACUUUGAAGCCUGGAUUGUUUCGACACAAUAUUUCAGGCUUAGCACCUAACACAACUUACAAGGUAUCUGUUCGAGCUCGUCCUGCCCGUUUGUUUUUCAAUCACGAAAAUCCGAAAAGGAUAGGAUUGUUGACGUCGGCUAUUGAAUUUAAAACACUUCCCAAAGGUUGUAAAGGUCUUCCUGAACCACCUCUGGACAUACAAGUUGAACCAGGUCCCCAAGAUGGUACUUUGCUAGUAACCUGGUUACCUGUAACGAUCAACAAUAGAGGAACAUCGAACGGUGCUCCUGUAACUGGAUAUGCUGUUUAUGCUGGAGAUCGGAAAAUCAGUGAAAUUGAUAGUCCCACUGGUGACCAUGCUCUGCUUGACAUGAUGAAUCUCGCUCCUUUGAAAAAACGUACUGUGACUGUUAAAACUAAAUCUGGUGAUAAUUUAUCAAUAGACUCUAUGCCUUGCCUUAUUCCUGUAGAGUUGUUGAAAGGGGUUGCAGCUUCAAUGAUGCAGCAAGCAGAUGCGGAGCAGAAAGGAGAAGAAGAAGGGGAAAAGGAGGUGGCCCCCCGCCCCAGGAGGAGGUCCACGGGCAGCUCCGAUUCCGAAUCGGAUACCGAGCUGGCCGAGCUGCUGAAGCAUGUGGCCCGCAGGACGGCGGAAUUCGAUCCCGCCGCCGCGGCAGAAUUGUCUGCGGGGCAACAGGGAGCCAGAGUGGAAGAUUUGAUCGAAGAGGGAAUUCGGUCCGAACUUUCGGACAUUGCGGAAGAACCGGAGGACGAUAUGCAGCAUUCUGAUAGAAAAGACAGAAAAGGUCAGCAUACGAGGGACAGUAAAUCUCCGAAAGACUACGACAGGAGAUCCGACAGGAUCUCGGAUCGUCGAGACGACAGACACGACCGGAGAGAGGACAGAUAUGACGACAGGAGGGAUGACCACGAUCGUAGGGAUGACAGAAGAGAUAUGAGAGACGAUCGUAGGGAUGACAGAAGAGAGAGAGACAGGAGAGAUGACAGAUAUGACGACAGAUCCAGGAGAGACGAAAGAAGGGACGGCAGAAGCGAUGAUCGACGAGAUCGAUAUGGACCCCGUGAUUCUAGAGACACUGAUAUUUCACGCACAAAACAUUCCCAACCUCAUUCAGAUUCUAGGUCACACGAAAGGCAUCAUGGCCGCUCCUCUCCAACCAACAUGCAUCGGGACUCAAGGGAGAGGUCCUACGGAGGUAGACUCUCGGACCCCCGACACAACAGCUUGGAAGUGGAGAGGAGGAACUCUGCCGGUCAGGUUAUCAUUGAGCCGGAGGAAAAUCUUAGUGACAAGGAAAUUUACCCUUCAUCUGGUCAUGUGAUCCCAGCAAUAGAAAUCACUAGAGACAGUGAACUAGCUUCCCAUGAUGACUACAUGCGCGGAGGACGUCGCGGUCAGUAUCCUGACUCUCACAAAAGUCCUAGCCAGUACUACCCCAACGAACGAAUUCCUUCUCAUGGAGUUUCGCCCACCCCUCCCAGCCGCUAUCCCAGAAAUAGUGAGAACAGUUACUAUGGUCACAGGGGCCAUUCACGAUCCACAAGAGACGAUUACCAUGGAGACGGGUAUUCAGGCAGAUCGGUUCAUCGAAGCAGCAUGGAGAAGGCAAGAAUGUUCAUGGCCGUUUACGACUAUGAUCCUCAUGCUAUGUCGCCGAAUCCCGCGUUAGCCAAUGAAGAGUUAUCUUUUCAAGAGGGCCAGAUCAUCAAGGUAUACGGCGAGAAAGACGGUGAUGGGUACUUUACUGGAGAAAUCAAUGGAAGGAUUGGUUAUGUUCCAUAUAAAAUGGUGACUGAAAUUCCGUUAGAUGAAGAGGAAACUGCUCGCCAUUUAAUGAACGAUACCAUGUCAUCUCGACAUCAUCAUGGGGAUCCAAGUGAUCCAUGGUCUACUCUUCCAGUUAAAAAACUUGUUGCUUUGUAUGAUUAUGACCCCCAUGAACUUUCUCCAAAUGUAGAUGCUGAGAUGGAAUUAGCCUUCAGAACUGGUGAUGUUAUUUAUGUGUAUGGAGAUGCAGAUGAAGAUGGCUUUUUUAUGGGUGAACUAAAUGGUGAAAGAGGUCUUGUUCCUUCCAAUUUUCUAACUCAGGCACCUUCAGACUUCAGAGAUUCAAGAAUGGCACAGUCAAGUCGUAGCAGAGACGGUGGAUAUUCGAAAGAUCAUCGAGACAACUCCCAGUAUAUGCGUUCUUCAGGACAUUAUCCAUCUUCUGGCAACCCCAGCAAAGAACACAUGCCUUCUGAUAAAACGCGAUACUCAGACAGGUCAAGUGUGGAACGCUCUGGCUACGACAGAUCCGGCGGCCAUCCCUCGGAUCGAGACAGAAACCAGUACAACGGAUCAGGGGGCUCGGGACAGCAUUGGUAG